AUAUUCUAUCGUAUGGACACAGUUCACCACUGCCAAAGAGGCUUGUGCCAAAGCCGCUGAAUGCGAACAUGCCUUGGGAAUAGUUCGCUCUGCAAAGGAAAGGCCGGCAUAUGGCAUCCGCACACAAGCCAAGCACUUUGACACCCUAUGGCAGCAGCUCCGCCCAAGUGAUCCGAAGCCACAAUUGAUCCAAGGUGAAUACCUUUACCGGAUCUCGCCUGUGCCUGAAGGGGCAACACAUGAAGAUGUUACAAAGUGGAUCCACCUGGAAAAGCUGCACGCAAGACCCCUUCGAGCCAUCAAUGCAACCACAUGGAUCCUGGUCGGAGAAGCCGACCUCAAGACUGCCCACCUGACAUGGAAACAAAACGCAAUCCUGCUCCAGCCCAUAGAGAGCAGGCAGAAUAAGAUGAAGAGCACCAUCCUUGCUGGAAAGCGCCCCAUGAGCACGGUUCGAAGAACAUGGAAAUCUGACAGCAAGCACGAUCUGGGCACUGACCCGCUCACGAUCAACGACCCCUGGGCCAAUGCAAGUGCCAACUGGGGUUUCCCUGAGUGGACCAGCCGAUCUUCGGGGCAACAGCGUGAGAUAGACCAGAUCCAAUCCAAGAUCCAGACAUUAGAGAACACAAUCAAUACGCAGAAGAAGGAGACGGCAACCUUUCGCAAGGAAGUUCACACAGAAUUUCUGCAAGUUCGAAAGGAAGUAGGAGAUCGAGUGAAUGAAGUCAAGGAAGCGUUCCAAUCAACGCUCACCGAUGCUUUGACUCAAACCCAAACGGCUUUGCGCUCAACCUUUAAAGAAGAUUUCGAGCAGCUAAAGGCCUUGCUUGCCGCACCUAGCCGCAAACGUGCAAGCGGAGGAGAUGUGGAGAUGGAUGGCUAA